UACAUUUCUUUCUUCCCUUUACAUUUCCUUUUUCUGAUGCUCGAGGGGAAUGAAAUAGGAGAGCGGGAAAGGCAUUCGAAAGAGCAAUCGGAGAAAAGGUAGGCUAAGGCGAAGGCAAUGAGUUCGAAAGAGAGUUGCAGAGCCGAACUUCGCAUCGCGAUCCGCCAACUCACCGAUCGAUGCCUCUACUCUGCUUCUAAAUGGGCAGCAGAACAGUUGGUGGGCAUUGAGCAAGACCCCGCGAAGUUCACUCCUUCGAACACGAGGUUCCAGCGUGGUAGUUCGAGCAUUCGCCGCAAGUACAGGACUCAUGAGACCUCGGUGACGCCGAUCGCGGGUGUUUCGUAUGUUGCCACACCUGUGAUGGAAGAGGAUGAAAUCAUAGAUGGUGAUUUUUACCUUCUGGCAAAGUCCUAUUUCGAUUGCCGUGAGUAUAGGAGAGCUGCUCAUGUUCUUCGCGAUCAAAAAGGAAGCAGAUCGGUGUUCUUGCGCUGUUAUGCUCUCUAUCUGGCUGGAGAAAAGCGAAAAGAGGAAGAGAUGGUAGAACUUGAGGGGCCUCUGGGUAAGAGUGAUACUGUCAAUCAUGAAUUAGUUUCUUUGGAGAGGGAGUUGUCAACAUUUCACAAGAACGGCACAGUUGAUCCUUUUGUGUUGUACAUAUAUGGUCUUGUGCUCAAGCAAAAAGGCAGGGAGAAUCUUGCACGUACAGUUCUUGUAGAAUCUGUGAAUAGCUAUCCUUGGAACUGGAGUGCCUGGACCGAGCUGCAAUCCUUGUGCAAAAAAGUUGAUAUCUUAAAUAGUCUUAAUCUCAAUAGUCAUUGGAUGAAAGACUUUUUCCUUGCCAGUGUUUACCAAGAAUUAAGGAUGCAUAAUGAAUCUCUGUCAAAAUGUGAAUAUCUACAAGGAACCUUUGGUAAUAGUAAUUACUUACAGGCACAAAUUGCAAAGGCCCAGUACAGUUUGAGGGAAUUUGAUCAAGUUGAAGCAAUAUUUGAAGAACUGCUGAGGAAUGAUCCUUACAGAGUUGAAGACAUGGACAUGUACUCCAACGUGCUCUAUGCUAAGGAAUGCUUUUCUAGUUUGAGUUAUCUUGCCCAUAGAGUUUUCAUGACCGAUAAAUACAGACCUGAAUCUUGUUGUAUUAUUGGGAAUUAUUACAGUUUAAAGGGGCAGCAUGAAAAGUCAGUUGUGUAUUUUAGGCGAGCCCUUAAAUUGGACAAAAAUUGUUUAACUGCUUGGACACUUAUGGGUCAUGAGUUUGUUGAGAUGAAAAACACCCCUGCUGCUGUGGAUGCCUAUCGUCGAGCUGUAGAUAUAGACCCGUGUGAUUAUCGUGCUUGGUAUGGACUUGGACAGGCUUAUGAGAUGAUGGCCAUGCCUUUCUAUGCACUUCAUUACUUCAAAAAAUCUGCAUUCUUGCAGCCAAAUGAUUCUCGGUUGUGGAUUGCAAUGGCUCAGUGUUAUGAAACUGAUCAACUUCACAUGCUUGAUGAAGCAAUAAAGUGUUACAGAAGGGCAGCAAAUUGUAACGACAGAGAAGCAAUUGCUUUGCACCAACUAGCAAAGCUGCACUCAGAGCUGGGGCACCCUGAGGAGGCUGCAUUUUACUACAAAAAGGAUUUAGAGAGGAUGGAAUCUGAAGAGAGGGAAGAACCUAAGAUGGUUGAGGCUUUGCUAUAUCUUGCAAAAUAUUACAGAGCACAGAAAAGAUUUGAAGAUGCAGAGGUUUACUGUACACGUCUUCUAGAUUAUACUGGCCCUGAGAGAGAAACAGCAAAAAGUUUACUUAGAGGAAUGCGAUCAGCACAAUCUGGUUUCCCUUCCAUGGAUGUUGAGCAUUUCCCCCCGUAAUUUCUCUUGAUGAAGCACUGAUGUAGUGAUGUACGCUGCAUUAUCAGUUUUGGUAUUAACUUUUUUUUAAUCAAUUAUUUGUAUAUUCAUAAAGUUUAAAGCAAGCAGCAUUAGGAUUAUUAUGUAUGUUUUAUUCACUACUUUAAAUUUAGUAUUUUUUUAGUGGCUGCUGGCUGAUACUUGAUCUGCUAUGUCCUACUCGGUGCUGCUAUAUCCCAUUGAUUACUUUGUUCUUAGGAGAAGGUCCUUAACCUAUAUGAGACAUGAUUAAUAUGCCUCAACCAGGGGAAUUUGUUUAGCAAAUACACAGGGAGUUAUGAACUGCUCUCUGACAUUAUUUGAUCCAAUCUACAUGCUGUUUACUGAUUUCCACUUUGAGGAUAAUGUGGCCCUGUUGGGAGGUGGUAUUUGAUAGAACCCCCAUUUUUGUGGUUGCUGUGGCAGUUAUGUUGUGAACCUUAACAUUGCAGAAAAUUGUGCAUAAAUGUGGUUGAUACGGCUGCAAUUGCAGUCAUGAUGCAGUUAUGGAGACCCCAGGAACCUUGAUGUUGCCGUUAUUAUUGCAGUUGCAGAUCACAAUUUAAAAUGAUAUUAAACAUGUGAGGUAGAAUCGGUGAGGGAGGCAGCAAAGGGAAAUUAUGAGAGGGUCAUGGAAAAUGAACUGCCCAGUUAGUAGGAGUGAAGAGAAUGAAAAGGGAAAGCAGAUAACAUUUACCACGGGUUUUAUUGCUUGGAAAAGCCAGUUAGUGGAAGUGGAGGAAAGAAGGCACGGACAAUCAUUUGGGUUAAGGGAUGUCAAUAGGUCUCAGAUUUCCUUCUGUUAGGGAACUAUUAUUCUGUUUUGCAUUUUCUUUUUCCAAGCAACGAGGGUUAUUAUGAAGCCUGGAUACUUUUUACAACACUGCUAUGAUUCGGCAUAGAUACGGGGAUACAGCUCUUAAAAUUUCAAAAUAUGAUACAGUGUAUAUGUUAUUGUAAACUUAAAAAAAUAGUAAUUUAGAUAAAUGCACAAUGUUUUAUAAAGAGACAUUGAUAAUUUCUCUUUA